GCGUUGCACCCUGUUUCACAUGUUUCACCGAUGUUCAGUUUCAGUUAUUUCCAUCAACGGCUAUGGCGGAACCGCACACAACACCGAAGAAGAAAUCAAGCCUGGAGAACGAUGCAAUCUUUAAAACGCUGGAGAAGCUGACAGCUCCCGUUAGCACUAAUAGCCCAAAGCUUCCUAGCAUUAAAGAUUUUUGCAUCCUUAAGCCAAUCAGCCGCGGUGCUUUCGGGAAGGUUUUCCUAGGAUACAAAAAGAAUGAUGAGCAAAAGCUAUUUGCAAUUAAGGUUAUGCGGAAGUCGGAGAUGAUCAACAAAAACAUGAUCUCACAGGUCAUCACGGAACGCAAUGCAUUGGCACUUUCGCGUAGUCCAUUUUGCGUCACCUUAUACUACUCUCUGCAAACGAUAACGUCGGUAUUCUUGGUAAUGGAGUACAUGGUCGGUGGGGAUUUAAAGUCACUACUCGCCAUGUACGGUUUCUUCGAGGAAUCCGCAGCCCGUUUCUAUACGGCCGAAGUAUGCCUAGCACUUCAGUACCUGCACAAACAUGGCAUCGUACAUCGUGACAUCAAACCGGACAAUAUGCUGAUUUCGGCCAGCGGACACGUUAAGUUAACGGACUUCGGACUCAGUCGCAUUGAAAUGAGCCGUGAUUUGGAAAUUUCGGAUCUUAUCAACUGCUCGCCAAACCUUAACACCAGAACGCCCGGGCAGUUGCUCUCGCUAACCUCGCAUCUGUCCUUCGGAUCGCAUGAGAAGCGUCAACAGGAGGAGCAGACGGAAAAGGACCGUUUGCAGCGCUCUUCGGAGAAUGAGUCGGAGUGUUCUUUUUCCGAUUCGCGACAGAAUGAAAGUAAAAUGUCGGGAGUUAGUCCGUUCUUUUCGGCGGAACAGAACGCAAGUAUCAUUGAGGGUCUUAAAGAGAAUCGGAAGGAUGGAACUGGGGAUUUGACUUCCUCGUAUUACACGUGUAGUUCAAGUAUCGAUGACAAGAUCAGUAGCGGGAGUUAUGAAUCUAUUAACAACGUGCACGGAUGUGCUUUCGCUGCAGCGCGAGACCAAUUGGAUGGUGAUAAGGAAAACGCAGGUGGUGCGAAUAAACUAACCAUGACGGAGAAGAACGGACAUGUAUUCGAGUUUCUACUGAUACCUGAAAACAGAUUUAAAAAUCAUAUCAGCAACGAUUCAGGUGUUUCGAGCCGUAAAAGCGAUAUUUCAAAUAUUCCCGCAGAACUUUCUUCGAUUGAGAAGACAGAAUGCUCAAAUAAUAGCAACAAAGAUGACUACUCGUGUUCCGAUUUGUCACGAAGUUAUAGUAUGAGCAACAUCAAUGAAUCGACCAAUUCGAGACACGACUAUCAUUCGCCAAUCAAAAACGGUUCACGGUGCUUUAAAAGGCCAGAAUAUUUCAGAGGAACCAAACGGAAACGACACCUGGUCAGCCGGGUUGAUUCACUGACAUCCGACCCAGACGGCAGCACGGCAAGUACUGGACUGACGCAGGAAAUUGACGUCAUGGAUAUUGGAAGCAGUACUCCGAAGAAAAGGAAAGCAACAUCCCCAAUAAAGGGUGUGCUGAAGGUUCGCUCCCUGUCGGACGAUGAGAUGCCGGUCAACAAUCAUCUGGGAAAUGUUAUGUUCUCGACACCGGUUUCUUCUCAGAAAACACGCCGCGAGGGAGGUCCAUUGGAUAAGCUGAAAAGCACUAGAUUCGCUUUGCCGUCAUCUGUCGAACAGUUACAGGGUCGAAAGGUGCAGGCUUUCAUCAAGAUAGCAGACGAAUCAGUGAUGUCGCCAAUUUGCACCGGUAUUUCCUUGACGGCAAACAUGGAAAACACACCUAAACCCGUUAAAACACCUUACCGAACUCCGAAGUCGGUUCGAAGGGUGCCGAUUGAUUCAGAUGAAAGAAUUUUGGGAACUCCGGAUUAUUUAGCUCCGGAAUUGCUUCUCCAGCAGGGUCACGGUCCUGCCGUUGACUGGUGGGCAUUGGGAGUGUGUUUGUACGAGUUCAUGACCGGUGUUCCGCCGUUCAAUGAUGAAACACCCCAAAAAGUGUUCGAAAAUAUUCUCAGUCGAAACAUCGAGUGGCCCCAGGAUGAGGAAUCUCUCUCGCAAGAGGCCUCCGAAACGGUACAACAAUUACUAGAAAUGGAUCCACAGAAAAGACCACAGGCUGCACAGAUGAUGGCGAUGCCGUUUUUUGAGGCGAUCGAUUGGAAUAAUCUCGAAUCAGCCGAUCCGCCUUUCAUUCCCAAUCCGGAUGAUCCACAGGACACCGGCUACUUUGAAGCUCGAAACAUCAUGCAGCACCUGAAGAUGUCAAAUUUCCAGAUGGAGUCUUAUUAAACGUAAGGAUAACCAGUGUGCCACUGUAGAAAGUUUAGGAAGACUCGAUCAAAAUAAUGUUUAGUCUUCAUCUCCAUUUUAUCUAUACAUAUAAUGUUUUGUUUCAGGUACAAUCCUAAGCUUAUUGUUUUUAUUUUUAAGGAUGAUUUUGUGAUAAAUAAAUUCGUAUUCGAAAGUUGUA